GGUGAAGAAAGGUAUGGUGUCGCUGCGUCUCUCUCUCUCUCUUUCGCCGCGCUAAAAUGACCAAUUUCCCCCCGAUUGCGAGAUAAAACCGAACUGCGGAGGAAGAGGAAAGCAAGAUGGAUGUCAGGAGCAAGUGAGAAAAGGGAGGAGAAAAGAGGAGAUAAAGGGAGAGAGAGUGAAAAAAAGACACAAAAACAUUCGAGGAAGUUGGGAAGUGCAAGAGAGAAAAGAUCUUUCGCUUCUUUGGCAAAUUUUUAUCGCUCGGACUUCUUCGGUUUUUUUUUUUUUUUUAAGAAGGUGGAAUUUUUUUUCUUUCUUUUAUUCAUUUUUCUCCAUAGCCCGUGAGGACGAGAAACUAAGGCACAAUGUCAGGCCAACGAGGGGGUCUGGGGAGCAGCAGUAGUGGAGGGGGAGGGAGCAACAGUGGCAGCAGCAGCAACAGCAGCGGAGGCAGCAGCAACCCACACGGACUAAAACAGAUUGACCUGGAUCAGAUAUGGGGGGACCUCAGACAAGGGAUCGAGCAGGUCUACAAUAGCCAAGAGAUGUCUAGGCCUCGAUACAUGCAGUUAUACACACAUGUCUAUAACUACUGCACAUCGGUUCACCAACAGUCGACCAAAUCAAGCAGCAGUGGAGGCGGUCCUCGCGUCAAAAAGAGCACUGCGGCUGGCGGAGGAGCACAGUUCGUGGGUCUCGAACUUUACAAACGCCUUAAAGACUUUUUAAAGACAUAUCUCCUCACACUCAUGAAAGAUGGAGUGGAUCUGAUGGACGAGGAGGUACUUCGGUUUUACACAAAGCAGUGGGAGGAAUAUCAGUUCUCCAGUAAGGUGCUGAAUGGUGUGUGUGCUUAUCUAAAUCGUCAUUGGGUGAAGCGAGAAUGUGAUGAGGGACACAAGGGUAUCUAUGAAAUCUAUCAGCUUGCCCUGGUCACGUGGCGAGAUCACUUAUUCCAGCCACUUAAUAAACAGGUUACAAAUGCCGUCUUAAAACUUAUUGAACGAGAAAGAAAUGGAGAAACAAUAAAUACGAGACUGGUGUCAGGUGUUAUGAACUGCUAUGUUGAACUAGGUCUCAAUGAAGAUGAACCAAGUGCAAGAGGCCAGAAUCUGUCCGUGUACCGAGAGUCCUUUGAAAAUACCUUCCUGGAGGACACAGAACGGUUCUACACACGGGAAAGCACAGAGUUCUUACGAAACAACCCAGUCACUGAAUAUAUGAAAAAGGCUGAGACGAGACUGCUUGAGGAGCAGCGGAGAGUCCAGGUGUACCUCCAUGAGACAACCCUAGAGAAGUUAGGGAAGACGUGUGAGAAGGUGCUCAUCGAGAAGCACCUUGAGAUUUUCCACAAUGAGUUCCAGCACUUGCUGAAUGAUGACAAGAAUGAGGACCUUGCUAGGAUGUAUCAGCUUGUGUCAAGAAUACCUGAUGGUUUGCGGGAGUUGCGAACACUUCUGGAGCAACAUAUUACAAACCAGGGUCUGGCUGCCAUUGACCGUUGUGGAGAGACGGCAGUCAACGACCCCAAAGUUUACGUCCAGACAAUCCUAGAGGUCCACCGCAAGUACAAUUCUCUGGUGCUGACGGCGUUCAACAACGACACAGGCUUUGUGGCUGCCUUGGACAAAGCUUGUGGUCGGUUCAUCAACAACAACAAUGUCACCAAGCACCCAAAUUCCUCUUCAAAGUCUCCAGAGCUUCUGGCCAAGUACUGUGAUUUGCUACUUAAGAAGUCCUCCAAGAACCCUGAGGAGGCAGAGUUAGAAGAUACGCUUAAUCAGGUGAUGAUUGUCUUUAAGUACAUAGAAGAUAAGGAUGUAUUCCAGAAGUUCUAUAGUAAGAUGUUAGCCAAGAGAUUGGUCCAGCACAUGUCUGCCAGUGAUGACGCCGAAGCCUCCAUGAUAUCCAAGCUGAAGCAGGCGUGUGGUUUCGAAUAUACCUCUAAGCUACAACGCAUGUUCCAGGAUAUUGGGGUCUCAAAGGAUCUCAAUGAUCAGUUUAGGAAACAUCUCAUCAGCAGUAAUGAACCUCUGGACCUCGACUUCUCCAUCCAGGUGCUCUCGUCAGGGUCAUGGCCCUUCCAGCAGUCACAGAGCUUUACGUUACCCCAUGAGCUGGAGCGCAGUGUAUCAAGAUUCACCACGUUCUACUCCAGUCAACACAGCGGUCGAAAGUUGAAUUGGUUAUUCCACCUUUCAAAGGGAGAAAUUGUCACAAAUUGCUUCAAGAAUAGGUAUACCCUACAAGCCUCAACAUUUCAAAUGGCUGUCCUACUACAGUUUAACACUGCUGUAUCAUGGACAGUUGGACAUCUACAGGAGAUGACAGGCAUAUCCUUAGAGAUCCUUCAGCAGGUUGUCCAGAUCCUUCUCAAGUGCAAGCUCCUCAUCUCUGAGGAUGAGGAGGACAUCUCCCCUGACUCCAGAGUCAACCUGUUCCUGGGAUAUAAGAAUAAGAAACUCAGAGUAAACAUCAACGUACCAAUGAAGACAGAAAUGAAGAUUGAACAAGAACUGACCCAUAAACACAUAGAGGAGGACCGCAAGCUCCUCAUCCAGGCUGCCAUUGUGCGCAUCAUGAAGAUGAGGAAAGUAUGUAAACAUCAGCAGCUUCUCAUGGAAGUCCUGAAUCAGCUGACUCCCAGGUUCAAGCCUCGGGUCCCAACUAUAAAGCGCUGUAUUGACAUCCUGAUUGAGAAGGAGUACUUAGAGAGAAUAGAUGGCCAGAAGGACACCUACAGUUACCUCGCGUAAAACUGGAGGCUGCAGCAUUGCAAGAGGAAUCGUUAUUUUGCCGAUCACACUGUAAAUAUCAGCUGUGCUAGGCCCAACCUGCCGUAGCUCUCGAAGAGAAAAUGAUAACCAUAAUCUGAGCCUCGCGAUACACUCAUGCUAAGGCUUGCAUUUUGCUGACUGGAUCACUCGUAUUGCAUGUCAUCCUUGCUCAUUUAGCCCUUCUAUGAGUGUGGGCUUGGCACCUCACAGUCCAGCCCUCCUGCUUCAACAUGCCCCUUUCUGUUUAGAUUGUAUUUUUAUCACACAGGUAUUAGAGCCAUCCAUCUCAAUUUAGACUGUUGUACAUUUCCAUUGUCACAAUGAUAGCUGUAAUAAUAAUGGAAUGACUGAUGGUAUUUAGGAGUACUAAGAGAAUAUAGUACUUAUCACCAUCAUCAUCAUUGCUAAUUAUAAAUGUUGUUGUGAUGAUUGCCUACUUUCUGGUUAUUUGGAUGAUUAUUGUUAUUAUUAUCAUAAUCAUUACUGUUAUUAUUAUUAUUAUUAUUUUACUUGAAUUUAGGAUAAGUUCAUAGUCGCCAUAUCAUGAUAUACAUUCUAGAAAGUGAUUCACAUGUGAUCAGACCAGCAAAUGUCAAGCAUUAGGAAAUACUUAACAAUAUAUCUGUCUUUGUGUUGUGAACUGGAAAGUGAGUUAAAAAGAAUGCGAUUCUCGUCUAUACUAAGUCCAAGAUAAGGAGACUCACUGCGACCCAAGGACGCACCCGGGUGUUUGCUUAUUCUUCAAAAGAAAAAAAAAAAAAAGAAAAUACAUAAAAAAAUGUUCCAGUGUCAAGCUUUGAGAUUUGUACAUUGUAGCCAAGUGGCUUUUCCUUGCUGCUUAAUGUCUGAGCAUUUUUUUUCUUCAUUUUUUUUAUUUUUUAUUUUUUUUUAUUUUUUUAAACUCAUUUCUCCACUUCCUUCUGCCCUUCCCCCCCUCUUUAAGUCUUUCAUGUCUUCAUUAGGGGAGAAAAAAGUUAGAGAUCCAACUCUGUAGGAUUUUAGGGCAUUGGACCAAGAUUGAUCUGUCGGCUGUCAGUCACAGCAGAUCGAUGCAGGUAAUCCACACAUUUUCCUGUCAUCGAUGUCCUUUUUUAAAGUAAUAUACCAUCAUUUUUUUUUCUUUUUUUUUUCUUUUUUUUUUGUCUGUGCAGAGGGAUCUCUAAAAAGGUGUGCAUUGACUGGGUGUUGCUCUCCCUGUACCAGCUGUCCCCCGGCAAUGCAGUGUGAUAUUUUAGCUAUCCUGUGCCACAGAUCACGACCUCACCUCUGCCACUUAUUAUGCUCUUUCUGUGAUCUGCUGAAGGAGGUGGCCUGGCGUCUAGCAUUUAUAGAGUGCUCUGUACUCUCCAGGGCAUGUUAGGUAGAAGCAUAUGAAAACAAAGCAAGGAAAAUGAUGUCUAUAUAUAUUGUUUGAGUUACCCAUCUUAGUAAAAAAGAAAAAAGAAAAAAAAAAAAUGUAUAGCCUGAUUGUCUACAGACAGUUUUACUUCUCAACCCUAAUUGUUGAAUUGUCCCGGAAUUUAACAAAUAAAAUGUAAUUAAAUUAAUCUUUGUUUCUUGCUACAUUUUUGUCAUCAUCAAAUAGCUUUUUAUGAAUAUAGUAUUUACUGAAUGAAAAUGGUUGCCAGUAAUUGAGGGUAACUUGACUGACUUAUCAGGUAUCAUAGAGACGUUGCAUCUACAGUAAUCUACUUGUAUUGCAACAGAGUUGCUGCAAAUAGCAGGUUUUACACUUCUCAAAAAAUGUCUAUAAAGGCAGUACAUGGUCCACUGUUUCAGGGAAAUAUGUUCAAAUUACAAACAUUUUUUUUGCAAGUUAAAGAAUUGUUCUCACUGCACUAAGUAAAUGUUUGGGGGGUUUUAAGUAAAUUAUUGGCAUUGUCAACAUGUAACUACUAGUUUAACCCACUUUGUCUUUCAGAUAAGCAAAAUUAAGUUCUCUAUUAUUAUCACCCCUUUUUUAUGAUAAAACAUAAUAACUGAUCUGUUGGUCAUUAACACUUAAAUUACCAUUAUAAUUCCCUCUGUUUACUUUUUUACAUAGAAGUAUUAAAGUUUAAAUGACGGAUUAAUUUUUGUAAUGUAUAUUGGUGAGUCUUAAGUGACUACACUAAGCACUCCAUAUACCAAUACCUUUUGGGGCUGUGGCAAGCAAUCACUCCAGUAUAUAUUGUAUAUUAGAAUGCUUGCAUGACGUAUAUAUCAUGUAAUGCUAUUACAAGCCGUCUAUAAAUAUCAAAAUGAUAAUUUGAAAAUAUCCGUAGGACACCUUCUGUAUGGAAGAAGUUAGUAUACCAAUUUUAUAUAUUUCUUGAGAUACAUUGCAUUUUUUUUUUUUUUUUUUCUUCAUCCAUGUAUUUUUUCUUGGCUUUAGUAUCUUCUGUAGUGGCACAUCCAGUGCCAUUCUCUGGGCACUAUUUAGGGUUCUUAUAAUCACAUCAGUUAGGGAGAAGUUUGCAUCGCCAGGAUGUAGGGGCAAAAGUGUUCCUUCAAUUGCAGAUUUUACAAGUAGAAGUGUCACCUCUUGGUUGUGUUGUAGGAAGAAUUUGCUACCAUGUGGACAAUAUAUUAACCCUCUUCCAUACCCGAGGACAGUUUAGUGCCUCCUGCUACACGUGGGCUUUCCCGUGUACAGGAAUGUUUCACAUUUCCUGCUCAUGAACUUUUUACCCAGUUCUGCCACCAUCCAAGGGCAUGGGGGCUGCUUUAUGUUAGGUUUGUGAUGUAUUUAGCCUCUAUUUUCUGUAGGUACACAUAUUCAGUGGGGGUCUAUGUUUCAUUUCUUUGUGCGAGGGAUUUUAUGCGGUUUACUGGUAUAUCACCCCCUCAGCUCUCUGUUUACAGGUAUUUUAAACUUGUAAUGAUGAAAAAAAGUGAAGUGUUACCGAGUGAGAUUGUGUUUGAUCUUGUGUACAUAACGGUGUUUGCCGAAGAUAAAAAGGCAGUUUUUGACACUGUACCAUCCUGAUGUUGCUAAAUGUGAAAGCACUAAUAUAAUAUCCACUAUAUAUAUAUAUAGGAUAUGUUCUUGCAGCAACUUCACAUGGUACUCUAUGCAGAUAGCUCCACUGUAUCAAGUCAAGAAUUCAUAACGCAGGUCGUGAGGGAAGGAGCAUCAUUGCUGUAAAUACUGUAGAGUUUUUAUGUAAACCUUAAUGCUAUAGUACCAACAAUUUUUUUUUUUUGUUCUAGGAUACAAUUUUCUGUUGGCUUACGGGAUAGAAUAAAUUAUUUGAUGUUUAA